CAGAGCGUGUGGAGAUUAGUGUGGUACAGGAGCGCAGAGACAGAGAGAAACACACACACACACACACACGGACGCUGACCACUGAGUUAAGAGAUGCAGAUGAGCGUGUGAUGUUUUCGAGAGGAAAACCGCACGAGUGAAGUGUGUGCUCAAACACCUGAAUUGGAUACCUGCAAGUCAAACCUCACCACUUCACACCUCAACAGAGUGCUGAGGGCACAGCUACAGGGCCUGAACUGAAGCCUCAAACACAGCAUAGAGUGAUGCAGUAGAUCAUUCUCAAACAACUGCUCUUUCUUCUCUCCAGCAACUCAAGUCUCUAUUGGAAGGGUCUGUGCUGUGUACGAGAGUGUGCACUGUGUGGUGUCAGGAUGCCGAUUCCGAAUCUCUGGGUGUAGACGGAGAGCACUGCUCUUUCCUGACCCUUCUCUCUGCGGCCAAUCACAACCUCAUGGCAGACACCAUGGGCAGCAACAGAGCCAACAGGUACAGCUUUGUCUCUCCAGAUGAAGAAGGCCUGAAGAUCUCCACGUUGGGGCUGCACAACGGCCACGGAUCGCCCAGCCGUCUGCCCUCACCCGGCAGUGCCCUCAGUGGCUCCGGGUUGGGUGGGGCCAUGGAGAACACCUACAAUGGAAAGAUCUCCACCACAGGUCGGGGCCAACUACGAAGCCGGUUUGUAAAGAAGAAUGGCCAGUGUAACGUAGUCUUCACCAACAUGGAGGAUAAGCCUCGGCGUUACUUGGCUGACAUCUUCACCACUUGUGUGGACAUCCGCUGGCGCUACCUGCUACUGAUCUUCUGCACCACUUUCCUGGCAUCAUGGCUGAUCUUUGGAGUGAUCUUUUACAGUGUUUCCUUGACUCAUGGAGACUUUGACCCAGAGCGGAAAAUACAAGGCACAGGCGAGGGGCAACAGAAGCCAUGGAAGCCAUGUUUGCUGCAUGUGGAGGGUUUUGUGGGGGCCUUCCUGUUCUCCAUUGAGACACAGACCACAAUAGGCUAUGGCUGGCGUUGUGUCACUGAAGAGUGCCCUGUGGCUGUGGUGACGGUCGUGAUACAGUCCAUCGUAGGAUGCAUCAUUGACUCUUUCAUGAUUGGCACCAUUAUGGCAAAGAUGGCACGACCAAAAAAAAGAAACCAGACACUUUUGUUCUCACAGAAUGCUGUUAUUGCCCUGCGGGAUGGAAAGCUCUGCCUCAUGUGGCGAGUUGGAAACCUCCGGAGGAGCCACAUUGUGGAGGCCCAUGUCCGGGCACAGUUGAUCCGCCCCUAUGUGACAGCAGAGGGUGAGUUCAUCCCACUGGAGCAGAUGGAUUUGAAUGUGGGCUACGACGAAGGCAUUGACCGCCUUUUCCUAGUCUCUCCACUGGUGAUUGUGCACGAGAUUGAUGAAGACUCUCCACUGUGGGCCAUGAGCCAGGCAGAUCUGGAGACAGAUGACUUUGAGAUUGUGGUGAUACUGGAAGGCAUGGUGGAGGCGACUGCCAUGACCACACAAGCAAGGAGCUCCUACCUUUCCCGGGAGAUCCUCUGGGGUCACCGCUUCGAGCCAGUCAUCUUUGAAGACUGUGAUCGCUACAGAGUGGACUAUGCUCGCUUCCACAAGACCUAUGAGGUUCCUUCUACCCCUGCCUGCAGUGCCAAGGAGCUAAGUGAGCUUGCAAGUCAUCGCUCUUCUGCCUCAUCGCGCUCUGGGACACCUGUUAGCCGCAGGACGCAGUGCUUGCGACCGCCCCACUCACCUAGCGCCUUCUGCUAUGAGAACGAGGUGGCUUUCUGCUCUGCGGAAGAAGAAGAGGAGGAGAGGCAGAAUGAAAAAUUAAAGGAAGAACUAGCAACACUGGAUAUGGAUCUGGCAACAAUGACCACAAAUAGUGUUCCAAAAGACUUCCAGAAAAUGUUCCACGACACAGCAGCCAUGACGUCCAGCAACAACGUCCUUUGCAUGCUGGAUAUGGACAACCAGAUUGAGUUUGAUAUUCUGCAGACGACUCUUCCACUCGAUCCGCUGACAUACAAGAGUGAGUCUGAGAUAUGACACGAUUGAAUGGAGGUGUUACUAUGCCAACCCUUGAUCCUGCCUCUAUGUCCCCUCUUUUUAGAAUAAAUCAAAUGAAGAAGCUGAAGGAAAAUGGGAUGAUUCUCUUGGUAUUUUGCACAUUGUUCUGUGUUGGAUUUAUGUGUUAAAAAUCCAAAAACCUAUCGCCUUUCCUGCUCCAGUUUCUACACUGCUUCUGUGGAAGCUGUUCCCAUGCUCUCUGAAGAGGAGAGGUAUCUGGCUAGACAUGGGGAAUGAGAUGGACCUUUGAUCCUGCUGGUUUCUGUUACUCUGAGGGGUCAUUUGACUUAUGAGUUGUUCCCACAUGGGUUGUUUUUGAUUGCUAUACUUGAUUUCAAGAAACUGUAUAAGGCACCAAAAAGGCCCAGGAUGAUGCUUCAAAUUUGAAGUGCAUCUUUGGAGGAGAUGAGAUUAUAUAGGCUAAAGACUAAACAUGCUUCAAAGCUGCAAAGCCAACAAAUUAUUGGACAUGGACAGCACAAAUAACAUUAACAUCACCAAAGGAGAAAACUUGCACUUGAAAAUGCCAGAGAAAAGCUAAAGCACAGGAUAUAUUAUUACUUGUAAGAGUGAAUCUCCAAAAAACAAAAAAAAAUUCAUUUAAGGCAAUCAAUUAGCUUUUUAUUUUAGAAUUUUUGUUGAUAGUUGCUUUUGAUGGUGACUGUAUGAAUGAAGAGGAUUCAGAAAAGUAUAAUUUUUGACUUGUGUGGGAGGAAGAUAAAAUAUUUGUGAUGUCCACAAAGGAACAUGAUUCAAUGAAAGCUUUGAUUCGACAACUGAACCAAUUGACCAUGCUUGUAGAUUUUAGAUUGCAAGUUUAAACCAAUUAUAUUGUUCAUUGUAGCCACAGUGCAACAUUUCUUCUCCAUUAAAUUGAUGAAUGGUGAUAUAUAAACCCAGCAGAAGAGAAAAGGCAGAAAAUUAAUCCACUGCUGUUUAUUGACCAUCCCACUUUAGGUGGGUUUCCACAUUUGAAAAAUACAAAAAAAUUAUAAAGACAUUCAGGAUCUGAUAAAACAUGUGCACUGAAGUUCAUGAAUGUUUCUGGCUUGUCUUCAAUGGGUCGUCAUCCAUAACGAAUCAUAAAUGGCCAAGGAUCUCUGGUUUCUGUUCAAUAUGUUUGCCAUUGCUGUUUUGUUUAUGUGAUAAUGUGAAUGAAAUGGUACAGUUAUGUGUUUUUAGUGAAUGGAUAUUUGUGGGUGGUGGUAAUAUAUGUUGUGUCGACUGGAGUGUAUUAUGUAUAAAGGGAUGCAAUGGGUUUGUGUGAUGCUCAGGGAAAAAUAACGCACAGAGAAUCCUGGGAACAGUAUGUAUGGGAGAAAACACAAGGUGUCUUUCUGAGUCUGAAUAUUCAACUGAAACAAAAAUGCACUUUUGUCCCUUUACGUGCUACUUUAACCCAGGGGAAACUUUGUAUUAGGCAGCAUUGUGUUAAACAUUAUUUCAUGUGACAUUGAUUCAGCUCUUGCAUUUUCUUUAGGUUUUAAAAGGAUGACGAUGCAAAAUAGAGAUGGCACUAUACCACCUUUUCUUUUCCGAUACUGAUAUUGAAACAUUGAGUAUCGUCUGAUACUGAUCCAGUAUUUUUUCUACAGCAAAUUAGCUUUGGAAUAAGUUAUUUUUAAUGGAAGCACAUCACUUUAAAUUUGCAUUCAAAAGUUUCAAAUCAUUGUUUUUAAUAAUAUAAAAGCAGUUUUGUUGCUGAUGCAUAAAAUUAUUCUAGUAUGAUACUAAAAUAUACACUCAGAAAAAACCAUACUGUCACUGAGGUAGUCCCAUUCUCAUCACUGAGAUGGUACCUUUGAGGAUUUGUCUUUAAUACGUUAAGUCAUGGAAAGUGAUUGUACCAUAAUCCAUUGAUAAUGUUUUAGGUUGUAUGAAAAAGUACAAAUAUGUGUACCCUUUCCUCAGGAAAGUGAAUGUAGUGUACCUUCAAAACUUAUGUAAAGUACACAAUAGGCCUCUAAAAUUAUUACAUAAUUUCCAAAUCAGAAUUAUUUGAAAUAGUCACAAUUAUUUAAACGGACUGCAAUAACUUUCCUCAGUUGUUAGAUUUCAUAAUCAUUUUAUACCACAAAAAGCAAAAUGUAAAUUGAGCAUGUUGGGUUGAGGCAACUACACUAUAUUGCCAAAAGUAUUCGCUUGUCUGCUUUCACACACAUAUGAAAUACAUCCCAUUCUCAACUCUUCUGGGAAGGCUUUCCACAAAGUUAAGGGUUAGGGUUAGGGUUAGUUAGU